AUGAAUCUUCCUUUUAUCAAUGCUGUACAGAUAUUCUCACAGAUAAAAAGUGGAUUUGCAGCUGUUAUUGAACGUCUUGAGUCGAUUCCAGCUGUUAUUAAGCGUCUUGAUGACGUAGACAAUUAUAGGGAUUGGAGUCUUCAAGUGAAAACCUAUUUGACGAAUCAACAGCUCUUGGACAUUGUGGAAAAUGAUGAAGCCGCUUUUGAGGCUUGGUCCGAGAAGAAUGCCAUGGCUUUAGCAGUGAUCUUGUUUUCAUGCGGAUAUCGCUUACGUUUCUCGAUUUGGGGGAUUACUUCGGCCAAAGUUACUUGGGAUACUUUGGCAGAAAUAUGCGAAUUCCACAAAAGUGAUUACAUAGUUCCUGAGGAAUAUGAUUACAUGGCUUGGAGCGUCCGGAUGGAAGCUUAUUUGAAGCAGCAAAGACUUUGGAACAUUGUUGAAGCAGCCACCGAACCCGAAGAUGAUUGGAGCAAGAAGAAUGUCAAAGCUUUAUAUUUGAUCUGGGAAUCGUCGGAUGCAUUUUUUAGCUUUAAGAAAAGUACAAGAACUGCCCAAAUUGCUUGGGAUACCUUGGCAGAAUUUGGCAAAUCAGGAGGUAGCUAUCUCUCUUUUAAUUUCUUCUUGUACAGAAUAGUAGCUAUCUCUCUUCCGUCUUUAGAAAAUGAACGUAUUAAAACCGUUUUUCUCUCUUUUCCUCACCCAUUCUCUCUUUCCCUCACCCACUCAGCUCGUCCGUUUCUCUCUGCUCGCCUGUUUCUCUCUUCCCCUCACCCACUCCCAGCUCGCCGACCCAGCCGAUCCAGCUCGCCGAUCCAGCUCGUCGCCGUCACUGCCUCAGCCACCGGUCGAUUCCACUCCCAACUCGCUCGUUUCUCUCUUUCCCUCACCCACUCCCAGCUCACCUACCCAGUCGAUCCAACUCACUCCCAGCUCGCCGCCGUCGCUGCCUCAGCCACCAGUCGAUUCCACUCCCAGCUCGCCCGUUUCUCUCUUUCCCUUACCCACUCUCAGCUCGCCUACCCAGUCGAUCCAGCUCACUCCCAGCUCGUCGCCAGUCGAUCUAGCUCACUCGGGCGACAGAUCCGGCUCUGUUGGGCGGGUUUUCUGGUGGGUGUGUUUUGUUUUUGGGUUGGGUUUCUCGGAUGCUCUAAGUAUCUAUCAUUUAGGCAGUUUCUCCGUAAUGGUAAUUUGUCCGCUGUUAAUCGGUUCAUUGACUCCUGUCCGGAGGCACAGAGUGAAAUAAUCGCAAAUACAGGAAGUACGGCUUUACACAUUGCUAUCCUUGCUGGACAUCAUAGUAUUGUGAAGGAGUUGGUGAACAUGUUGCCGACAGACAAAUUAUUAGAAAUAAAAGAUAAAGAUGGUAAUACGUUUCUUGGUUUUUGUGCUCUUGUUGGAACCACCGAGAUGGCGAAAUGCAUAGUUGAUAAGUGUCCGAACUUACUUGGCAUUGCGAAUGGACCACAUGCACUCAUUCCAGUCGUGAUGGCCCUUACGCAUAACUCCAAUUCAAUAGCUAUGGCUCAAUAUCUCCUUUCUAAAACUGAUCUGAAAAUUCUAAGUCCAGGAAAAGACCGCAAUGGUGCUACGUUUGUUACUCGAUGCAUUUAUUCCAAAGCUUUUGGUAUGGCUUUUAAUGCACUGGAAAAAUUCCCUACUUUGGUGACUGCUUUAGAUAUUGAGAACGAGUCCCCUGUGAAGAAGCUAAACAGUUAA